CACUGUAGGAAAAUUGUAGUAGAUUCCAAUUGGAAGUAUCUUUCAAUCAAGGUGGAGUCUCGCUCUCUGCCAUCCACCAUACUUCUCACUCACACACAUCUACACUGGCUGUUAUUUCUACCACCAUCAUGUAACUGUACGCUGACGAAAAAAUGGCGUGCUGUGUGCGCUCACUUGGAUAUGGCCGUCUUCUUUGUUUCCGUACGCCACGCUAAACAUGAAUGAAUCACAAUGAGGGUGGGUUUGCUGUUUUGCCUCAUACAUAGCGUCAUCAGCCGCUCACAAGCCGAAUCAACUCAAACCCGAUUAUCCAGUUUCUUAGUUGAAAAUGGGCAGAUACUUUACGAAAUACUACGUUUGUGUGUCGGUAUGAUUGGCUGGGCCUACAACGAGAUUGUCAGGUAAAAAUCCACAACAACAACAAAAAUUCAUAUUUCUGAGCUUGGAAAACAAAACUGCACCAACAACUUCCAUUCGCGGGCCGCCACAACAACACAACAAUAGAACGACUGGUCACGAGUGGACGUAUCUGAAAGAUACACUCCGAUCCGAGAAUAUCUUUUUUUGCGGUUUAAUUAAACAUUUCAAUUCGUAAAACACGACGGCAAGUUCUCGUCGAAUUCGAAGCGCUGCGCUGUUUAUUUUUCGUUUCGUGUUUUGCUUGAUUUUUAUUUCGUUUUGUCGUUUUAUUGAGUUGGAAAAAAUAGUAAUCAAUGGUUUAAGGUUCAGCAGAUAUAAUUUUGAUGAAAAGACAGACCGUGAAGCUUUAGACUUCGUUGUGAUGAUUAAACUUGAUUCUUGAGCCACGAAAAAUAUACUUGUACACCUUUUGAUAUUGGAGCCUAAUACAUUAUUUCCUGCCUUCCAUUGACGGCUUUACGGUAUCGCGCGCGCGCCAUCUUUUCGUUUAACGUCUUUUUGUUUGAAUUUUAAGCUUCAAGUUGAAUGGCAUUGUGAAGUGGAGGUAUGACGGUCGAAAUUUGUGUGGAGAGUGACUUUGCAAUUCUUUUCGGAUUUGAUGUCUAAUUUCGAUUUCAGUUCUUGCCGCACCCGUCACUGUUGAUGAAGUGUAUUGUGAUUGUGUGUUGUUGAUGAUCGAGAUAGGUUAUAAAAUCUGAAGGUCAUUCUACUUGUUAGUGAGAGUUUGUGCUUGAUUUGUUUUUUUCUUCUCAUUUUGGAUACAAUUCAAAAAUACGGGUUUGGAAGAGCUGGUAUACCUAAACCUACUUACCUCCAUAUAAACAAAUAUUUAUAAAGAGAAUAAAUAAACUUAAUUUGCCUGGAAAAAUACAAACAAUGAGCUCAUUUCUGAUGGGUUACCCGCAUGCGCCGCACGUUCAAAACCCCAUGGGUUCGGGGCUUGAACCCAAAUUUCCUCCAGCCGAUGACUAUCACAUGUACAAUGGAUAUAGUAUGUCAACUGGUCCAAUCGGACACCAUCAGGGACACAUUGGCAGUGAUUAUAUGUCGAAUGGACAUAAUGGCGGCAGCUUGCAUCAUCAAAGUUCAAAUAGCUUUAACUAUUCUCCACAUCAUCACCACCAUCAGAGCAUAGGAAGUGCCGCUGGCUACUAUCAUCAUCCACAUCCGCAUUCUCAUUCUCACCCGCAUAGUGGUUAUUCAUCACAUUCGGUGCAUUCGCCAGUUUCGGCAGCGGGGACAGCGACGGACUCUGCAGCGAUAGCGAAUAAUGGAUACGCGAACUCCAAUUCGAAUGGCUACUAUGGUGGAUAUUAUGGAGCGAGUAAUGGGCAUCACCAGAUGCUGGAUUUGCCUAUUCAGUGUCCGAAUACCGAACCUACAAACACCGUCUUAGGAUUACAAGAAUUAGGCCUAAAGCUGGAAAAACGAAUAGAAGAAGCCGUCCCCGCAGGUCAACAACUCCAAGAAUUGGGAAUGCGAUUGCGAUGUGAUGACACCAGUUCUGAGCAUGACGAUUUGCUGGAGGAGGAUCGUUUGAUGUUGGACAGGUCACCGGAUGAGAUGGGUUCACAUGGGAACGAUGAUGAUUUGUGCGAAACCGAUUCCGAAGAUGACCUCAAUUGUGAAACAACAGAUGGCGAAAGGAUAAUUUACCCUUGGAUGAAGAAAAUUCAUGUUGCUGGAGUUGCAAAUGGAUCGUUUCAGCCGGGCAUGGAACCGAAACGUCAACGUACCGCCUACACGCGCCAUCAGAUCCUUGAAUUGGAAAAGGAAUUCCAUUACAAUCGAUAUUUGACAAGACGGAGGCGGAUAGAAAUCGCACAUACAUUGGUACUAUCGGAGAGACAAAUAAAAAUCUGGUUCCAAAAUCGACGAAUGAAAUGGAAAAAGGAUAAUAAAUUGCCAAAUACAAAGAAUGUAAGAAAGAAAAAUACAACCGAUGCGAAUGGACAGCCUGUUGUGAAGAAAUCAAAAAGGACGAGCAAUGCUAAGAAACAACAAGCAGUGCAAAAUGAGUGCAUCCGUUCGGAUAGUCUUGAAAGUAUAGGCGACGUUAGUUCAUCUCUAGGGAAUCCACCAUACAUACCGGCUGCUGGUGAAGCUGCCAAUUUAAUGGCACAGCAGCAACAACAACAACAUCCUACCUAUCAAGGAUCUCAACAUCAAACCAACCAUCCUAGUAACAAUAAUAACAACAACAACAACAAUACCAGCACAGCGAAUAACAAUAACAACAAUAACCUAGCUCUACAUAAUCAAAUGCACACGGGAAUGCAUCAACAUCCUGUGCUGACCAAUCUCAGUCAUAUAAAACAGGACUACGACCUGACGGCUCUGUAGGAUACGAUGUCAAUAUAAACUCUUUGGGGAUAGUUUUAUAAGGAAUUUCUAGCAUUGUAUACUAAAUAAAAGAUGUUUGUCUUUUUUGUUUGUCCUUUGAAUUUCUUUUAACUUUUGUAACUCUGUUGUAAAUUUUAUAAACAAAAAAAAAAAUACGUAAAUAUUUUAGUUUUGGUAAAAUACAAAAUCUUUUAUGAAAUCAAAAUACAAAUAAAAAUGUAUGAUCGAUUAUUAUUAUACUUUUUUUCUCUCUCUUAAUAAGAAAAGUAAAUAUAAUGUAUUUAUGUAGGUGUUUAUGGUUUUAAGGUUUUUUGUUUAUUUUUUCUUUAAGUAAAUUUAUUAUGUCUGAACUCAAAAUAGGAAAUAAGUUGUAAAAUUUGUAAUUGUAAUAAUAUUGUAAUAUAAUAAGAAAAUAAAAUUAAAAAGAAACCAAGUGAUUUUUGGAGUAAGGGUGUUCAGGAUAGAAUUAAGAUUAAAACAUAUUUCUCAUUAUUUGUUUGUUUAAAAUUAUGUAUUAUUAUUAUGAAUAUAUCUACAACUUAAUUACACACUUAUGUUAAGUGCCAUACCAAAUAAUUAGUUUAUUUUAUUAUUUGUAGAUUGAGACAAAAUAUACCUACCUAUAAUUAUACUAAUAAAACGU